AUGGCGGCCGGUGCGGGAUGCGCGGAGUCGGUGGAGCAGUACCGGGUCGAGGUGGAAAGGCUGGCUCAGGAGCUGAGCGAAGCCAACCGGGAGAAGAUCCGGGCUGCCGAAUGCGGGUUGGUGGUCCUGGAGGAGAACCAGGCGCUGAAGAACAAGUGUGCCGAACUGGAGAGCGAGCAGGAAGCUCUAAAGAAGGAGUUGGAACAAUUACAGGAGGCAUUUGGCCAAGCAUACAGCAUCCAGCGUAAGGUGGCCGAAGACGGCGAGAGCAACGAGGAGACGCUGCUGCAGGAGUCGGCUUCCAAGGAAGCGUAUUACGUGUCUCGCAUUUUGGAGCUUCAGACAGAGCUGAAUUUGAGUUGUUCUGUCACAUCCAACACGCGUUCAGAGAAUGAGAGGCUCAAUGCAGUCAUGUUGGAGAUGCGAGAGAGCAAUGAAAUGCUGGAGCUCCAGAGGGGUCGGAUGAGGGAAGAGAUCAAGGAGUAUAAAUUCCGAGAGACGCGGCUGCUUCAGGAUUACACGGAGCUGGAGGAGGAGAACAUCACCUUGCAGAAAUUGGUGUCUACGCUAAAGCAGAGCCAGGUAGAGUAUGAGGGUCUCAAGCACGAGAUUAAGGUGUUGGAGGAGGAGACGGUUCUGCUCAACAGCCAACUUGAAGACGCUUUACGUCUGAAAGAAAUCUCCGCGGGACAACUGGAGGAAGCCUUGGAUGCCCUAAAGAGUGAACGUGAGCUGAAGAACAAUCUACGCAAAGAGUUGGCCCAUCACCUCAGCCUGAGUGACAGCGUCUACGGGGCAGGCGCCCACAUUGCCCUCACCGUCACUGGCGUGGAAGGCCUCAAGUUCCCAGAGGAGCUCACUGGGGGCACCAACAGCAGCAGUGCCGCCGUCAAUGGCAACAGUGAUGACGCUUGUCGACACAAUGGCCAUUUUCAAAAAAUGAAUGGAGACUACCGUACCGGAAGAAAGGGUGAGGGUCUGCAUCCGGUACCAGACCUCUUUAGUGAGCUCAACUUGUCGGAGAUGCAGAAGCUUAAACAGCAACUUGUGCAGGUGGAGCGUGAGAAAGCAUCAUUGCUCAUGAACCUGCAGGAGUCAGAGACCCAGCUACAACAUGCACAAGGUGCCCUCACGGAGCAGAGUGAGCGCGUCCAUCGCCUUACGGAGCACGUCAAUGCCAUGAAGCAUCUCAAUGGUGGCAAAGAGCUGGAUGACCCUCGAGAAAAUGAGAAAUCUGCUGUCAGCUCCCUGUCACCACAAGCAAACGGUCACCACGAUGUUGACAUACAUGGCUUUGAGGCCCUGGAGUGUAAAUAUAAGGUGGCAGUAACAGAGGUGAUUGAGCUGAAAACGGAGCUGAAGGCCUUGAAGGAAAAGUACAGCCAUGCUGUGGGGGUAGAAACAGAUGGUCACAUUGACGACAGGGUGCACUCAUUGAGCGAACAGGUAAGCCAUUUGGAGAGCACUUUACGGGAAGGCCGCGAAAAAGUAGUGAGCCUGGAGGCAGACUUACGAGCGUCGGCGAGUGCUGCCGCAGAGAGCCAAGCCCUGCUGAACACAGCACAAGACGAGCUGGUGACCUUCAGCGAGGAGCUGGCGCAGCUGUACCACCACGUGUGUCUGUGCAAUAACGAGACACCUAACCGUGUCAUGCUCGACUACUACCGCCAGAGCAGAGUCACGCGCGGCGGCAGCCUCAAAGGCUCUGAAGACCCACGGGCUUUACUCUCCCCUCGCCUGGCCCGACGCCUGGCUGCGGUUUCGGCGCUCUGCUCCUCCGAAACACAACGUAGUCCCGCGGACUCCCCGUCCAAAGACGUCCAGUGCAGGGAUUCAACCUCAAAUAUGGCGGAGUCUCCGGCUCACCACUGUAGCCCCACCCGCAACGCCGUGGGCUCCCCUAUCAUCAGCAGUUCCCCUUGCCCAUCACCAGCACCCUCCGAUGCAGGAGGAGACCUGCGGAAGGAGCCCAUGAACAUCUACAACUUAAAUGCCAUCAUCAGAGACCAGAUCAAGCACCUGCAGAGGGCUGUUGACCGCUCCCUACAGCUGUCCAGGCAGAGGGCUGCUGCCAGAGAGCUCGCACCCAUACUUGAUAAAGACAAAGAAUUGUGUAUGGAGGAAAUCCUGAAGCUCAAGUCCUUACUGAGCACCAAGCGAGAGCAGAUAGCCACACUCAGACUGGUUCUGAAAGCCAACAAGCAGACAGCGGAGGUGGCGCUGGCCAAUCUGAAAAGCAAGUAUGAAAAUGAAAAGACGAUGGUGACCGAAACAAUGAUGAAGCUCAGAAACGAGCUGAAAGCCCUCAAAGAAGAUGCUGCCACUUUCUCCUCUCUCAGAGCAAUGUUUGCCACCAGAUGUGACGAAUAUGUUACCCAACUGGAUGAGAUGCAGAGGCAACUUGCAGCAGCGGAGGAUGAAAAGAAGACAUUGAAUUCGCUUCUACGUAUGGCCAUCCAGCAGAAACUGGCUUUGACCCAACGACUGGAGGAUCUAGAGUUUGACCAUGAGCAGAUUCACCGUGGUCGCGGAGCUAAAGUGCCCAAGAUAAAAAGCAGCCCGCCAAAAUUUCUUGUAGAUCGUCAGCAGCCUGCUGCCUCAAUAUCGUCACUCUCCGCACAGCUAAGACGAGGGAGAAUUUCUUUAGCCUACAGUUCUAAAUUUCGCGCUGACCUCCAGGAAAACAAAGCCGUUUUGUCCAGCAGCUGGAGCCUUCCUUUCUCCCCUCGUGACCUUAGUAACUGCAGGGCCCACCAACCUCAGCCCCCCGGGACAUGA